CAGCCGUGAGGGGCACAGCCGUGCCGGGCAGUGCGGGGCCGAGCCGCGCUCCUGCCCCCUGCCCUGGCCCGGCCGGCGCCAUGGAGGAGUUCCUGCAGCGCGCACAGUCCAGGCUGAACAGGAGCAAACGCCUGGAAAAAGUCCAUGUUGUUCUUGGAAAUAAACCCUGUGAUUUGGAUUCACUUAUUUCUGCCCUGGCCUAUGCCUACUUUCUAGACAAGGUCAGUCCUCCUGAUGUUCUUUGCUUACCUGUGUUGAACAUACCAAGAAGAGACUUUAGCUACUUCACUGAGACAAAAUUUAUUUUGGAGGAACUGAAUAUCCCAGAGACAUUCCAUAUCUUCCGAGAUGAAAUCAAUUUGCAUCAGCUGAAUGCUGAAGGGAAAUUGUCUUUAACACUUGUAAACAGCAACAUGCUUACAAGUGAGGAUAAAAGUUUGGAAUCAGCUGUUGUCAAAGUCAUCAAUCCAGAUGAGCAAUGUGACAGGAGCCUGGAGUUACAAGCAUGUUCUUCCUCGUUAGUCGUAAAAGAGAUUCUUCAAAAGGCACCAGAGUUAAUCACUCAGCAACUGGCUUAUCUCCUCAGAGGAAGCAUUCUCUUCAAGUGCAUGUCUUUGGAAGCUGACAGAAUUACAGAGCAACAGGAGAAAGUACUGUCAAUACUGGAGGAAAAGUUUCCAGAUCUUCCCCCACGAGAGGAAAUAAUCUCUGUCCUGCAGGAGACACAGGUUAAUGCACAAGGUGUGAAUAUUGAGGAGCUUAUGCUCAAGGAUCUCAAGGAGAUUUCAGAUGGAGAAAUCAAAGUAGCAAUUAGCACUGUGUACAUGACACUGGAGGACUGCGUGUUACACAGGAGUCUCAUUGGUGAUCUGAAAACAUUCAUGGAUAAAUACGGGUUUGAUGUACUUGUCAUUUUGGCCAAUGGUUUGUCAGAUGAGAAGCAAACAAAACAACAMAUAGUGGUAUACUCAGAAAAUGUAGAGCUAGGCAAUCAAAUCUGCUGUGAAUUAGAAGAAUGUCAGAAUCCUUGUUUGGAGCUGGAUCCUCUAGAAUGUGAAUGUGACCAAAUUCUCAUUUAUCAGCAAGAAAAUUCUUUGGUGACUUGUGAUCAAAUUAUUCUUCUAAUUAAGGAAGUUAUAAAUAGAAGGCAACCAGAAAUGGUAUCAAACAGUAGAACUUCUUCUACUGAAGCUGUUGCGGGAAGUGCUCCGCUUUCGCAAGGAUCUUCUGGUAUUAUGGAGUUAUAUGGYUCUGACGUAGAACCACAGCCCAGUUCUGCCAAUUUUAUAGAAAAUCCUCAAGAUCUAAAUGGGUCUAUGCAAGCCCACAUUGAUGUUAAUGUAGAYCUUGUAAGUCCAGACAGUGGCUUGGCUACCAUUAGAAGCAGCCGGUCUUCCAAGGAGAGUUCUGUGUUUCUCAGUGAUGAUAGCCCUGUGGGAGAAGGUGCUGCAUCUCAUCACAGUCUUCUGCCUGGUUUUGAUUCCUAUAGCCCUAUUCCUGAAGGAGCAAUAGCUGAAGAACAAAAGCCUCAGUCAGGAAACCAUCGUGAUAACUUCGAUCUUUUCAAUUUUGAUCUAGCACCCAUGGUUACAGCUCCAUCUGAGUCAUCUUCUCGUUCUGUUGAUUGCUCCCCAGCAGAUGACUAUUUUCUCAAUAGUGACUCUUCAGAAGGGCAUCAACUCACUCCAAAGAAAGAGCUUGAUGAGGCAAACCUGUUAGAAAAUGAUACAGCAAAUUAUUCAACUGACUUACUUAGGACAAAAAUUGAGGAACACAAUCUGGCUGAAUUUGAUGAGAAUCCAGGAGAAAUGUGUAAGAAAACUUCAAGUUUGAUUGAUUUAGUUGAAGGUGAUUCUUCUUCACCAGAAAUGUUGAAAUCUGCUGAUUCAAGAAUUCCACCGACUCCUAUGAAUAGUCUUGUAGAUACUUCACCAUUAGAUAAUGGGCAGCCUUUAAUUUUCCCACAAGACGUCAUUAAAAAAAUUAAUGAAAUAGAAGGCGCAAAUUAUUCUCAGUCUCGAGUUAGAUAUGGAAGCUGGUGGGAUGGCUUUGACCUCGAUUCCAGAAAUGCUGAUGCAUGGAGUUCAAGUGAACAGGAAUCUGUAUUUCAGAGUCCUGUCUUAUGGAAAGAUUCUAAAGAAAGUCCUUUGCUACGAGAACAUACUGAUAGAAGGGCCUCAGAUUCUGUAUUCCUCCAAAAACAGCCAAAGCAAAUGGAAUAUAUGAGAYCAGGUCUGUGGGAUAAUCAGUUUAAGCAAGAUAAUUGGAACCAUGAGAAUCAGGAGAAAAACAGUGAACAUUCAAGUUUGCAAACUGCUGCUUUAGACGAGACAAAGCAAGAACCGGAGAGCUUUACAGACCUGUGGAAGGUCAGCCAGCCAACACCUGUGAUGCCAGAUGCAUGGUAUAGUGGUAAAGGAAAAGAUAGUCAGCUAGGUGGAGAUUCKUACAGAAUCUGGACUGAGUUUGAAGGGGAUGCUGGUAGAUCCUCAGAAAAUGUGUGGAAUAUGCCGAAACUGGAUAGAGAAUUAAAAUCAGUCAAUAUUCCUGAGGAAUGGGCCAUAUCAAAAACUGGUUUAUCAGAUUCUUCAGAAUUCACAGUGGACAAUGAGUCUGAAAAUCCAGAAGCCUGGGAUAAACGAAGAUAUUCAGUAGAAGACUGUGGAAAAUCUGAAAAUACAAAUUCUGUUUUCAACAAUAUGCAAAACAAUUCCAAGCUGAACACAGGAGAUAAAACUGUGUUUGGUGACCCUAAACAUAGGCCAAAACAAUUUGAAAAUAUAGAUUGCUGGARUAUGUAUGAUAAAAACAUCAGGAAAGAAGUAACGGAAGUAGUGGUGCCAUGGGAGGAUACCUUCUUAUACAAAGACUCAGAUCUUAAUUCUUCAAAUAUAGCGGAGGAUUUAGUUGUUUCUCCACCGGACACCAAUUACUCAACAUCUGAUUCAUACAUAUCACCUACAUAUGUGGAAGAUGAAAGAGAGAAUGAGGACAAGGAUUUUGAUGAAGAAACAGUUACUGGUAAAUUCAUGAACACAAAUUUGGCUGAGUCAAAAGUACUUGAUAAGGAACCAUUAUCUCCUAACAGUGUGCCUUUGCCAAGCACCAGAAACACAGAUAUCUGGAACACUCCUCUAAAUAACAUCACACAGUUACAAGAAAGAAAUUCUGAAAUUGCUGUUGUUUCUGCCUCUCUUAAACCUUUUCUUAAUUCAGAGAAAACAGCUAAUACUCAUUUCUCAAAUGAAAUAUGUGCCAGUGAAAAUAAUUUUCUUGUAUCUGAAAACAGAAGAGUACCACUGGCAUGCAAUCAAACAGUGAAUAACUUAUCACCAUCACAGAAUGAAUUAAAUACUAGGCAGACAGCAGCUGAAAAUGCAGAAACAGUGGGCAGUGUUCCUGUAGAAGACACCAACACCUCUACACCAACUUCAGACACUGAGAAGGGUUUGGAUCUGAAGACAGAUGACAUAGGGAGUGAGAUACUCAACAAGAAUGCAGCACAAAACACUGCUGGUGUUGAUGACGAGYGGGAUAGUCAGGAUUCAGUGCAGCAGCUGAACUCAUGGGGUUUACAGAGUGAGCAGGGCUGUGAGGAAGGCUGGGAUAAUGCCAYUGUCAUCUCUGAGGAAAGAAAAGAAUGUAAGAGAACGCAUGAGACAAGUAGACAGCAGAUGAUUAAUGACAUUUGUAAUAAACCAGUGCAAGAGGACAAUGAAUCUUCUGGUAAAACAGGUUUGGAGGAAAAUGAGUCAACAUUUGAAGUUUCCACCUUGCCUGAAAAACUGAAAAAUAGUGUUAGUUUGGAAGUGUUAAUCUCAGAGAAUGAGUCAUUUUCCAAUCAAAGCAAUCCACUUAGUCAAGAAGAGAGGAAUGACAUGCUGCAGAAUAGUUUAGAUUCAUUUUCAAGUAUUUCUGAAGGAGGCAGAAAUUACGAAUUUUUUGAUGACCCUUUACCACAAAAUUACAAUUAUAGUGAAAUGUCAGAGCUGCUUUCUGAGGGAGCUGAAAAAGAGGCUAUAGUGAUAGAGGAUGCAGCAAGUCCCAGGAUGGAAGGUAUUUCUGAAAGUUCUGAUAAGGGUAGUGAUAAUUCUGAAAAUAGUUCUUCUAAAAUGCCUGGAAGCUCAGGCAUCUGGAAUGACUCUGGAAUGAAUGGUUGUGACCAAGCCACAUUAAUUCCUUUGAUGGACAAAUCACAAGAACCUCUGGGAGUAGGGAAAGAAUGCUUACCUGAAGUGACAUUUAACCAUCCAGGCACUUGUAAUUCUGAGWUAGUGUCUUUCAAAACUGACUUGGAACUGAUGAGGACUGAUGAAAACUCUUUCACAGAUGAGUUUAAGAAUAAUCCUUCUGGAUUUGUUAGUGUUCCUGACAUUACACAUAUGUCUGUGGUGGAAAAUUCAUUUUCACUUGAAAUAGGUUCUGGGAGAAAUGAAAGCUCUGAGAAUUUAGAACCUGCUAAUAACCUUUGUGGAGAGCCACUUGCAGUGCUUAAUGACARUUUUCCCCAAACUGAUUUGGAUUCACAGCCAUGUGAAGAUUUGCAAUCUCCUGGAACAAGUCCUGAGGCAAGUGAAGUCCUUGAAAUAGCAAAUACCACAAGCAGCCUUUCAAAAGAUAUACAGAUCAAAAGCUAUUUGGAAGAAGAUAAUGUGUGGAGUAAUUCAAUAAAUGAUUAUACACACUCAAGUGGAACAAGUCCUGAUUCAAGUGAUGCAUCUGUGAACGUGUGGGGAGAACUUCCAGUUGCCAGUCAUCACAAAAGCAGCAGGGAUAUAUUGGAAAUCAAAAACAAUAAAAAUCUUGAAGAUUCUUGUAGAAACAAUGAAUUUGGGAAUGAAGAUGAAGGAAGAUUUGAAACWAGUGGUGAAGAGAACAAAAUUCCUAAAAGCUUAGAUUUUUGGAAUGCCCAUGUAGAUGACGAUACUGUAUCUUCUUUAUCGAGUCCUGACGUAAAUGAGGAUUCAGAGAAUUCAGAGGCAUGUCCAGAAGUGAUUAAUGAAGAUUCAGGGUGUGAAAACAAACAGCUCACAGCAUCUGAAAAUGGAGAGAAUUAUGUUCAGUCCAAUGCAGCAAGUCCUGAAGCAAAUGAAGACAAUUUAGGUGCAAAAACUAAGGUGGCAGAGAAGGUCCUGGUAGGCAUCUUCAAUGAAAAUUCUGAAACAACUGAAGACAGGAUGGUAUUGCAGGAACAUGUGACUACCGACUUUAUUGACCAUAAUAAGACUAAUGAGUAUUUAGGCCACUGUGAAACACUUGAGGAAAGAACUCAGGUGAGUAUUUUCAAUGAAAAUACAGACAGUGAGGAAGUCUCAUGUUUAUAUCAAGUGAAUGAAGAUCCUACAAUGACUUCUGCUGCUAAUGAUGAAGAAGAGUGUUCUUCAAAAGCUGUAGAUGGGUGGAGUGUGUCCGUGGAAGCUGAUUUAAGAACUGAUCCAAAAUCCACAGUAGGAACAUGUGAUUUCCCAGAUAACAGUUCAGAAUGGUGGAGUUCACAACCUUGUGAAGAAGAACAAUUAGAUGAUCAGCAUUCUGUAUCAAGUUUCUCAGCACCAAGCCAGUUAGGAAAUAGUAAGGAGGACUCCUGUGGCUCCCCUUCACAAGCUGAAGAACCAACAGAAGCACAUUUCGUUGAUACAGGUAAUGAUGAAAAUCAGCCUGCCCCCCUGUACUCUGAUSAAAAAGAAAAUGAAAGGCUAGUACAUUCUGUUAGUAGUCCUGAUGGUCAGAUAAAUCAAGACACUUUACAGUUGAAACAAUUUGAUUCUUUUGUACUGGAUAAAGAAGAAAGGGAGUUGAUAGAGCAGUCAUUUUCUACAGAUGAGGAAAAUCAGCUGACACCACAGAAUUCUUUUUCAGAUGAAGAACGAGCUAUACCAAAUACAUCCGUUCAAGCCAUCACUGUCCUGGAUCUACCAAAAGACUAUGAGGGAGAUGCUAGUCUCAUUCCUCAGGGACARCAGGAGGACGCCUGGGAAAGAUUAGAAGUGCAUAACUCCAUGCCAGGUGCUUUCACUGUAGAAGACUUAUCUUUUGAAAUGACAGAAAAGUCAAGCCCAGAGGUGAAUAUAUUAAAGACCCAAACUGAGCUUAUCCCAGAUAUUUUACAGGAUAACACACAAGAAAGUAAUCAGCAGUUUUCAGUGGAACCUGACCUGUGGACUAAUACUGAGCAGGCUGUCACUUUGAAACCAGAUGGUGAAAAUCCUGAUAUUUUAAGUCACUGUGACCAAGACAAUGGUUCAGAGUCAUCAAGCAGUCCUGAUGUGUGCCAGGAAUAUGAAGCUAAGCAUGCCUCUAUCCCAUCUUCUGAGAUUGCAGAGCAGCCUGCAGACAAAGAGCAGCCUGCAGACAAAGACAGUCCAAAUAUAACUAAAGAGGUAGAUUUUGAGUCCAAGCAUGAAUUAGCUAUGCUGAAGGUGGAGACACACUCUGAAAAUGGUAGCUCCCAGGACUACGAACCAGUAAAGAGCAAUGAAUUCUAUCAACUUAUCUCUUCUAAUCCUCAGGAGACUUCUGAAUUUGCAAUUCCAGRAGAAUACAGUCUAGAAAAUAAACUGGAUUUUGACCCUAUUGAGUCAACUGAAAUUGCCAGUGAAGUUACAAAAGUGACGUCAUUAGCACUGAUAGACACAUUCCAUGGAAGUUUCAUUCAUCAAGGAACACCAACUGAUACAGCUAAAAUAGGGACCUCCCAAAUGCAUCUGCUUCCCAUGGAUUUCAGUCAACCUGAUGGGGCCAAACAAAGCUUAAAAGAAAUAAGUGCCUUGGCUGAAGUUGUAAAAUAUUCUGAUACUGACCAUACAGCAAUAACUGGUGAUGAGCUAGACAGGUCAGAAGAAGGUGCCGAUGAAUCUGACACAGGGAUAGAACAUGAUAUCAAGGACACAUCAGUGACUAAUGUCCAGGCAGACACAAGUGAUGGAAUGAACAUACUGGCACUACCAGGCAGUGAGGCAGCAGAAGGGAAAUCAAAGGAUGAACAGACAUUCUUUCCCGAGUCUUUUGUACCUGAUGGUAAUGAAGGCAGUGAAUCUGAUUCAAAUAAUCAACUGUUUGAUGACAUAACAAAAGAAUACGAAGCUAGAAUUGAAAAUGAUGUUCCUGUGUUUAAGGAAGUACCCGAUGACCAAUCACCAGAGAUCUGUACUCCACUAUCCUCUGCAUCUUUUGAUGCUGAACCCUCUGGCAGCAGAGAGUGUGCAAACAGUGAGCUCUUGUUACAGCAGCCAUUUUAUGGMAGUGUUUCUUUGAAAAAACGACUGCCACUGCCAGCUCCUUUGGAAGGUGCAGAAGGCAUCCUAAUGACCAAAGAUAAGGUGUYUGAAACAUCCACAGAGUGCCUUCAGGAAAAUCUCAUCUCUGUACCAUCGCUCUCCAUGUCUGAAGYAACUCCAGCACAUUCUGAUUUUUGGACAGGAAAAUCUGAAGUUGAAACAACCGAUCCCGACUCACCACCAGGUGGAGACAGAAGAUCGUGUGAUGAAGCUGGCAUUGACUCCCUAGUUUGUAGGGAAGAAAAGACGAGAAAUUCCCCUAUGAGUCCUGAACUGCAAAGUACAGAGAGUAAGGAAGAUGUGAGGAUGCAGGUGCUCCAAGAUCCGGCUUCACUGGAGAUGGAUUAUGUCCUUGUUACUGAGGAAGAAGAUACACCUGCAACAAAUGAUACUCUUGAAGGAAGCAAAAUCGAUUUUGCAUUUCAAGAAUCUCACGRAGGCUUUUCACCGGGCUCCUUAGAUACCUUUCAGCCAACCUCCAUUACAAAUGAACGCAAAGAUCACCCCACUGGUGGGACUGGAUGGGACACUGUUCGCUUGGAAGAGAAAAGGUCAUCUGUUGUGCCUCAAAAGCUGGAUGGUGAGAGGAAAUCACAAGAAAUCUGUGGGCAAGAUGAAGGUUGGAUUAUACUGGGCCAAAAUGAAGUAAGUGACAUAUCACCUGAAGAAAUUUCUGCCAAGACAGAGAUGCUGAAAUCAGGGUCUGGAUGUCCUGGUGAAGAACCAGCAGCUGUUGUCACAAAGGAAUUGAUUCUUGGCACUCAGACAGAAUUUCAGGUAGAAAUGCCCCUUCAGAAAUCUUUUGAACAUGAAGGCUGUUCUCCUUCAGAUGGCCUGACCACCGAGAAUGAGAGUUCGGGCAUUGCASGAACAUCUGUGUUGCACGUGGCUGGUGGUGAUAGUGCAUGGGAAACAAAUUCUCAACAGAGGCUUGGGAAUAAUGUAGCAAUGGAACAAGAAACGAAGGAGGAGACAGUUGUUCUCAACAAUGACAGARAAUUGAAUCAAAGAUCAGGGUUGGUACAAGAGGAUGUGGGAAUGGACAUCCCCUUAGCUGAGGGUGUUGUAAGUCCCAAUUCUACAGAGAUGAGACCUGAACCUCCCAAUUCUCUUGAUCUUAAUGGUUCCCAACCCAGAAGGAUAAAGCUCACUGCUCCAAACAUCAAUCUCUCUUUGGACCGGAGUGAAGGGUCAGUACUUUCUGAUGAUAAUUUGGAUACACCAGAUGAAAUUGACAUUAAUGUAGAUGACCUUGACACUCCUGAUGAAGCAGAUUCUUUUGAAUACACCGGACAAGAAGACCAGGCUGCUGCUAAGGAUGCUUCCCAGGAAGAGUCUGAAUCAAUUCCAGAGUACACUGCUGAAGAGGAGCGAGAGGACAACAGGUUAUGGAGAACAGUGGUUAUUGGAGAACAAGAACAGAGAAUUGAUAUGAAAGUCAUUGAACCAUACAAAAAGGUCAUUUCACAUGGAGGAUACUAUGGUGAUGGUCCAAAUGCUAUCAUUGUGUUCGCAGCAUGCUUCUUGCCAGACAGCAGUCGAACUGAUUACAACUAUGUCAUGGAAAAUCUUUUCCUAUAUGUAAUCAGUACCUUAGAGCUGAUGGUGGCUGAAGACUACAUGAUAGUCUACUUGAAUGGAGCAACACCAAGAAGAAGGAUGCCUGGAUUGGGUUGGAUGAAAAAAUGUUAUCAGAUGAUUGAUCGACGAUUGCGGAAGAAUUUGAAAUCCUUUAUAAUUGUUCAUCCAUCAUGGUUUAUCAGGACGAUUCUGGCUGUGACACGACCUUUUAUAAGCUCUAAGUUCAGCAGUAAGAUACAGUACGUCAACACAUUGGCAGAGCUUCAUGAGAUGAUUCCAAUGGAAUAUGUGCAUAUACCAGACAGCAUUAUCAAGUAUGAUGAAGAGAAGUGUAUUAAGAGAAGAAUGAGACUGGAUGAAGAGCUGAGGGAAGCUUCAGAAACAGCUAAAACUAGCUGCCUCUCAAAUGAUCCAGAAAUGGCUUCCGUGGAGCAGGACAUCGACAUGACCCUGAAAUAAAAAGCAUCGUUGCCAGGCAUUUGAAGAAGAGGGUUCACAU